AAUUAUGUUAUUGCAGUCUGUUUAAUGAUUGAUUGGCAAAUCGAUUGCGUGGCUAGCUGAGUCCAACCCAAAUGUUGAAUUUGCUAACUUCAAGGCCAGCCUAAAUUGCUGCCUUCCCUGAACUCACACAUAUUGCAACAGUUUUAUCUUUGGACACGAGUUUUACAUUAGCCAGUAUGGCCGCCUUGCGUGCAGCCAAACAAGCUCUGAGGAGAGAAAUAAAGAAACGAGUAGCAGCGUUGGACGAUCAAGAGAAACUUCGCCAGUCUCGAGUCAUUUCGCAGAAGCUCUUCAAGCACCCCAAGUAUGCUAGCUGUGAGCGCAUCGCUGUGUUCCUCAGCAUGCACGACGAGGUGAGAACAGAGGAGAUCAUUCAGGACUUGUUUAAGCACGGUAAGACCUGCUUUAUGCCCAAGUACUUGACCCAGGGCACCAGUAACCACAUGGACAUGGUGAAGCUCACCAGCAUGGAGGAUAUGAUGUCACUGCCUCUGACUUCCUGGAACAUCAGACAGCCCGCCGAUGAAGACAACACCAGAGAGGAGGCCUUGGAGACAGGAGGUCUUGACCUGAUCUUGAUGCCAGGCCUGGGUUUUGACAGGAAUGGGAACCGGCUGGGCCGAGGGAAGGGCUUCUACGACACAUACCUGGAACGCUGUAUGAAGCACCCCAAGGGGAAGCCGUACGCCAUCGCUCUGGCCUUCAGGGAACAGCUGUGUCAGGACAUACCUGUAGACAACAACGACAUGCUGAUAGACGAGGUCCUGUAUGAAGUCCUGGACUAGUUAAAAGGCACAUACAUCAUCCUAUUUCUGAAGUAAAUCUCUAUUUUUUAUGUAAAUUUAAUGUUAAAGAAGGGUUCAGACACCUUUUUUGUUUUUUUGGCUUGUUUUUGAGAAAACGUACCCCAGCCGUGAUACACUUCCUUGCUCGUUGUGCAGUAUCAGGGCUCGCAAAAGACAUGAAGAAAACACCCAAAUAUGUCCUUUUAGAGACGGACACGCUUUCAGUAUAGUGAUGUAGGUCUUCAUAUGUUGUACACAUUAAAUUGUGUCAUUACGAACUUUAUCCACAAUGUUAUAUUACAUUUUGUGCGACUGGAGACGUUUCUUCUACCAGCUGUGCUGCGCGGGCUGUGUCCGUGUACUAUAGGGACACGCUCAACCUGCACAGCUGCAGGGGGGAAACAGUGCAACUCGACCAAAAUGGAUUAUAACAUUGCGGAUACAUUUCGGAAUGACACAAUUUAAUGUGUACAACAUCUGAAGACCUACAUCACUAUACUGAAAGCGUGUCCGUUUCUAAAAGGACAUAUUUGGUUGUUUUUGGAGCUUUUGUUCAUGUCUUUUGUGUGCCCUGCUACUGCAUAACGAGCAAUGAGGAAGUGUAUCGUGGCUGGGAUAAACGUUUAAAAAACAAGACAAAUCACACAAAAAGUGUCUCGACCCUUCUAUAACAUGCCAUUUACGGUACAUCAGAAAUAUAGAUCUACUUCAGAAAUAGGAAAAUUCUCCUUUAACUGUGAUGUGACUAGUCAACUGGACUUCAAUGGUAUGAUGAUGAAAUCAGUGGAGGCUGCUGAGGGGAGGACGGCUCAUAAUAAUGGCUGGAACGGAGCAUAUGGAAUGGCAUCAAACC